AUGAGCUAUGCGAAAACCAUUAGCAAUGUUAAAUUUCCUUCUAAACAUGUGCGAAAGCUUUUCCUGGACUAUUUCAUUAAUGAAAAAAGUCACACCUUCAUCCCUUCUAGUCCUGUAUUUUUAAAAAACGACCCUUCUUUAUUAUACGUAAAUGCUGGUAUGAAUCAGUUUAGAUCUGUGUUACUUAACAAGACUCAUCCAAAGCAUCCUUUUUAUAAUCUGAAAAGAGCUGCUAAUAGCCAAAAGUGUAUCAGGCUAAGCGGGAAACAUAAUGACUUGGAGGAUGUUGGGCAAGAUCUGCAUCAUCACACAUUUUUUGAAAUGCUUGGAAACUGGUCGUUUGGUGAUUAUUCAAAGUUUGAAGCCUGCAAAAUGGCAUGGGAUUUGCUGACGGAUGUUUAUGGAAUGAAUUCAAAAAAUCUGUAUGUCACUUAUUUUGGUGGUGAUGCUGCUUAUGGGAUUCCUCCUGAUGAAGAAUGUAAGCGUAUAUGGCUGGAGAUCGGGGUUCCUCCUGACCAUAUCUAUCCUUUUGGAACCAAAGACAAUUUUUGGGAAAUGGCUGAUGUAGGUCCCUGUGGUCCAUGUACUGAAAUACAUUAUGAUUUCAUUUUUUCUGGUGCAGAGGAUGCCUCUAAAAGGAUUAAUGCUGAUAGGCCAGAUUUAAUAGAAAUAUGGAAUCUGGUUUUCAUCCAGUAUAAUAAAGAAAACGAUGGUUCAUUGAAAAAGAUACCUAGCUUGAAUGUUGAUACUGGCAUGGGAUUUGAAAGACUGACCGCUGUUUUGCAAGGCACCAUGUCAAAUUAUGACACUGAUAUUUUUGUACCAUUAUUUAAUGCAAUUGAAAAAAACUUUGGUAUUCGCUCGUAUACCGGUAAAGUUGGACGUGAAGAUCGAGAUGAGAUUGAUACAGCUUAUAGAAUAAUUGCUGACCAUUCUCGCAUGUUGUGCAUUGCAAUUUCAGAUGGUUUGUUUCCAGAUGCUCAUGAUGCUGGUCAUGUUUUGAGAAAAAUUAUAAGAAGAGCUGCAUAUACAGCCAAUCGGACCAUGAAAGCAAGGCCUGGCGUUUUGAGCUCUCUAGUGCCGUACGUAGCUGAAACACUGGACUUCUUCCCUGAAGUUGAAAAGCAUGUAAAUGAGAUUGUUGACAUUGUGAACGAAGAAGAGAAACAGUUUCAUUCUGUGAUAAACAAAGGUCGCAAAGCAAGAAAUAAAAUUCUUUCAGAAAAUGCUAACAACACUUUAAGUGGGCUCAAUGUGCUGAAUCUACACCAGCAGUUUGGCCUGGAAGAAAUAAUCAUUAAAGACUUAGCAUCAGAAAUAAAUGUUAACGUGGAUUGGGAAGGUUACCAAAGAUUAUUAAAAGAACAGGCUGCUACUAUAGUCCGAUCUCAAGGAAAAUCUGAUUCUUUCUCUCAAAUUGUUCAAAUUCUUAGAAGACAUGAUAUUCAGCCAUCAGAAGAUUUCUUUAAAUAUGAUUAUUCCACGGAUAAAAGCACAUACGGUGUAAGAACAGUUAAAGGCAAUGUUCUGGCUAUCCUGAAAAAAAAAGAAUAUCUACCCGAAGCCAUUGAAGGUGAUCGCUGUUUGAUUGUGACUGAUAAAACAAACUUCUAUUCAGAAGCAGGAGGGCAAACUGCUGAUUUAGGGAAAAUUUUUAAUGAAGAUUUCGAUUUUAAUGUUGAAAAUGUUUCAUUUGCUGAAGGUUUCGUUUUUCAUCAUGGUAUAGUAAAAACCGGGAAAAUAAAAGUUGGUAAUGAAGUUGAAUUAUCCAUUGAUAGAGAUCAUCGGAUGUCUUGCAGUCAGAAUCAUACAGCAACACAUCUGCUUAACAAUGCUUUGCAAAAACUUCUGCCUCACACUAGUCAACGCUCAUCUUAUGUUGGUCCACUUUUUCUACGCCAUGGUUUUAGUGCCAAGGCAUCAUUGUCCAGGGAGCAGAUUGAAUUCAUUGAAAAAUAUGUUAAUGAUAUAAUUAAUAACAAUCUUUUUGUGAGAAGAAAUGAAAUGCCAUUUGUUGAGUUAUUAGAUAAUCCUAAUGCUGUUGUUCUUCAAGGUGAGGAAUACCCUGACACUGUUCAUGUUGUUAGUAUUGGUACUGAUGACAGCUCUACUGCAAUAUCUAUAGAACCAUGCUGUGGAACACAUGUGCUCAACACAGCCGACAUUGAGAAGUUUAUUGUCAUCCCGUCCAAAUCUCAUGGAGGAUCCAUAAAGAUUAUCAGUGCAGUUACAGGUAAACAGGCAUCCAUUGUUGAAGAAAAUGGUAGAAUAAUGGAAGAGAAAGUUUCUUACUUAACAAAUGAAGUUAUGUCUACUUUAAUAAAAUUGAAUCAGCCUAAUGUUGAGCAAAAGUUGCAACUGUUGCUGAAGGAGGUUCGAAAAUCAAUAAAGGAAUUCCAAGGAAGAUAUGAUGUGCCUCUGUUAAAGCUUCAGAACUGUGAAGACGCUUUGAAAGAACUCAAACUUAAGUUGGUUGAUGCGUUGAAUAGUCUUACAAUGACUGAAAAAAAUAUGGAUGAAAAUACCUCAGAUACUUCUGGUGAAUGGAAGGCAAAAAUUGAUAAUGUCAUUGAACAUUUAAAGUCCAAAAAUGUGGCAACUACCAGGGAUGAGUAUAAAUAUGAUUGCUGUGUGGGAAAAGUCACACCAAUCACGGCAAAUAUCUGCGCCAUUAUCCGGGACAAUGAUGUUGUAAAUUCUGUUUGCCGUGGACUAGAGUAUCUACUAGUUACAGACAAAACAAACUUUUAUGCAGAAGAAGAUGAUCAAGAGGGUGAUAAAGGAACUAUAUUUAUUGAUGACUUUGUAUUUAAAGUGAAUAAUACAUUUAAGUUUCAAGACUAUGUUUUCCACAGAGGAUUUGUUGAAAAUGGAAACAUAAUGCCGAUGCAAUUAGUAAAUUUACAAGUGAAUGAGGCAAGUCGAUUAGCUGCUUCCCAGAAUCAUACUGCUAUCCAUUUGCUGAAUUCUUCAUUAAAAAAGGAACUACCCUACGUUUGCCCACUUUCUGCUUUUGCUAGUUCCAGAGCUAUGAAACUAGUUUUUUCUAGUAAGCAUCCUGUAUCUGAUGAUCAACUGAAAAGAGUGGAAGAUAAUGUAAAUGAACUCAUCAAGGACAAUCUACCUGUUAAUAAAUUGCUUCUUCCUGUGUCAAAUUUAACAGACUUUCCGGUAUAUAAAUCAUCCCUUUUCAAA